AGGUCACCCUUUCGAAAAUCACUUGGAACAACUCGAGUAAUUUAGGAAAUGGAAGUGUGAAGUCUUUAGUCGCGAGGGUUCUCUUCUUCACUUUUCUGAACCUUCUUCUUCGGCAGCUCUUCUUGCUGGACGAUGAGCCGCGGUGCUGUUCCGUCGAUUGUGCAAGAGGAAGACACAGCUGCUCUUUGUCUCGUGAUCCGAUGAAUUGCUGAUUUCAACUAUGUUUUUUAAAAAAAUUCUCGAAUCGAUAUCUCUCUCUGAAGUUUCAGACUAGUUGUUUCUCCUCCUGUUCCGAUUGUCCUGGGACUGAUUCUUUUUCUCUUCUGCACAGCCCCGGAUCCGCCAGGGGCGUCCUUUUGGUCAUUGAAGCGUUCGAAGUUUGCUUAUUGAAGCCAUGAGUCCGGUGAAGUUGACCCUUCGCUGCCCUUCUAGGGUAGGACAAGUUACAGCUGAUCCACAGCCUGAUUUUAGCUUUGAUGAUUUGCGAGUGGAACUUUAUUCUUUGGAGGAGAAGCUAAAGACGUCCACAACUCCUUUCACAAAAACAUGUUCACGAGACUUUCCACUCAUAAAAACUACGAAGAGAAGCUCCAAGCCUUUUGUAAUGGGUGUGUACGAGGAUGAGCUACAGAACAUAUUUAACGAUGGUGAAGUAGUUUGUGACCAAGGUUCAAAUGCUAAGCGCUUUAAUUGUGAUGGAUGUUUUCUCAGCGAUAGCGAAGAUUCUGACAAUGAAUCAACUCUUGAAACACGAGCCCAUCUGAUGGAGGAUGUGGAUUUAGUGGAAAGUUCUUUAGCUCAGCUAACAGAUGAUCAUCUGCUUAACACGAAGGAGGAAAUCAGGAACCAACUUGGAAGGUUGGAGACCAACCUCACUACUUUAAAUGAAAAGUCCAGUGCUGCAGCCUCUCAAAUUGAGAAAUACUAUGAGGCAAGACGAGAAGCUGACCGGAGACUCGAUACUCAAUAUCAACGCGAGAUUGCUGAAGGCCUUGAUAAGUACUUGACUACUGUUCAGCGUCACCACGAACAAAUAUCACAAAGAGAAGAAAGAAAAAUAAGAAGUGAUGCGGCUUUUGAGGAAGCCAAAAGAAAGGAGAAGGCCAUGCUAGAAGAAAAAAAACGUCUAGAAAAGGCUAAAGCAGAAGCUGAGGCAAAAGCUAAAGCUGAGGAGGCAAUGAAAGCUGCUAUAGAAGCUGAGAGUAGGGCAAUGAAAGAAGUAGCUGAAAGGGAAGCCGCUGAAAACUUAAAAAAGGUUGAUGCUGUACAAGCGCAAGAAACUAUUGUUGGGGCACCAACCACCAAACCAGUAAACUCAGUCGGACAACCUAAAGGAACUGCUCUGGAUGGAACAAAUGUGUCAAGAUCACCAGGUACCAUGGUUAGAGCCUCAAGAAAUGCUUUGACUUUAGAGCAGGAGAGACUACAAAAACUUAAGGAGGUAGAGGAGGGAAACCAAGCAUUGAGAUUGAGUUCAAAUAAGGAUUUUAGCACCCAUGAAAGACAUAUUGCUAGACUAAUUAGACAAAUAGUGGGGACAAAAGAGAAUGUCAGUACAAAAACCAGUCAACUUCUCAAGAUUUUCAUGGAUCCUCUUUGUCCACAAACUAUUAGCAUUGCAGCAUUUGCGAAGAAGGUCGUUUCUCAAUGUGAAAGUUCAGAAAAUGCAGUUUUUGCAUGCAGUCAUGUCAUUGUUCUCGUUACCUCACAGGUCCCAAGUGCUAUGGUUCUUCUUCUAGCAGAGUUCCAUAGAGCUUGCAUCUACACAGUUCCGAAGCACGUAGGAUACUCAGAGGCCGCAUUUGAAUCCAAAGAGUCAUAUUACAAAACUCUUGGAUUCCGAGAGGAUGUAGAUGGAAAAAUGGAGAGUGUUAAGGAUUAUUUGAAGCGGCUAGAAGCAUACAUGAAACUGUAUGGGGCAUUGGUUCAGACAGAAGUUCCUGGUGCCCGUAACAUACAUGGUCUUGAGGAAGGUUGGGCAUGGCUCGCAAGAUUUCUAAAUGCAGUUCCCCCCAAUAUAUACACUGCAACCGCGCUCUAUGCAUUCUUACAAGUAGCAGGCUUUGCACUGUUCAGAAAAUAUAAAUCUCAGUUCAGGAAGCUUCUGAACAUCAUCUCCGACAACUUCUUGAGUGCACUAAGAGGAAAGGAGAACCCAGGGUUGAAACAGAUAAUCGUGCAGAUUGAAUCCUAUUUGGAAGACAGGAAAUUCCUUCAAGAACCAGAAGGAAGGACCUUGCGGGGUUCCUUGUUGUCCAGUGGUAUGGUGCCGGAGUCAGAGUACACAAAAGAUUCAUACAGCCGUUCAGGUAAUUCAUAUUUCUACUGAUACCACCCAGUCUCCUGGACAAUUUUGUUAUAGUUUAGCUGAGGGAAUGUGACCCAUUUAUAACCUAGGCAUUCUUCUCAGUAUAAAAGAAAAAUUCAGCAUUGUUGAAGAAGUGUACGCUAGAAUAUGGUGUUUGAACUUGUAACUCUGUUUAAUGACAAUGAGGAAUUUUAUAGAAGGAAAAAAGUUUGCUCAGUUGAUAAACAAGUUGAAAGAUUUA